AUGAUGACGUCCAUGGGCGGAAACCGGGCCCGGGGCAGCUGGGAACAGACGCAGCCAGGCCAGACACAGGGCCAGACACAGCACAAGCAAAGGCCUCAGGCUACCGCAGAGCAAAUCCGACUUGCGCAAAUGAUUUCAGACCACAACGAUGCAGACUUUGAGGCGAAGGUCAAACAGCUGAUUGACAUCACCGGGAAAGACCAGGAUGAGUCUAUGAUAGCACUGCACGACUGCAACGGGGAUGUUAACAGAGCCAUCAAUGUCCUAUUGGAGGGUAGCCCAGACACUGACUCGUGGGAAAUGGUGGGGAAGAAAAAAGGCGUGUCCGGCCAGAAGGAGGCCAGCCAGCCAGAGAUGGGAGAGGACGGGAAAGAGAACCGGGAGAAAACAGAGAAGGAUUUAGCUCGUCGGCGAGGGGCGCCCCCUCGCAGGGGCCGCGGAGCCAUCAGAGGGCGAGAGUUUCGAGGUCAAGAGAACGGCUUGGAAGGAGGCAAGGUGGCAGUCGUGGGCAGGGGCAUGGAACGAGGCAGGAGAGGGCGAGGACGAGGGCGAGGGAUGCUUGGGCGGCGAGGAGGCAGAUUCUCGGCGCAGGGCAUGGGAACAUUCAACCCUGCCGACUACGCCGAGCCGAACCAGACAGAUGAAAACUACGGCGGAGGUAGCACCUGGAACAACACGGGCGGUACGGAGACAGAAGAAGGAGCGAGUGCCUGGAGGACGCCUACAGAGGAAUGGGGCACUGAGGACUGGAAUGAGGAUUUGUCAGAGACCAAGAUAUUCACAGCUUCCAGUGUGGCAACCAUUCCACCACCGCAAGAGAAUGUCACCAUCACCAAAGGACAGAGGAUUGACCUCGCGGUGCUAUUGGGGAAGACUCCCCCGUCUUCCUCGUCGGAAACUGAACCCCAACCCGUCGAGGCCGCCCAGCCCCCCACCUUACCCCAGUCCCUAGUUUUCAGCAACUCCAAGCAAGGACCCCCCUUAUCCCAGUCCUCCUCCAACACCCCUUAUACUCAGCACAGCAUGGUUAGCAUGCUGAACAAGAGUUUUGGGGAUGUAGCGGACCAGAAAGGAGGUACCAGCGGGACCACCGGCUCCCAGUUCCUGGAGCAGUAUAAAACAGCCCAGGCACUGGCUCAGCUAGCAGCCCAGCAUUCCCAAACUGGGGCUCCCAAUACGAACCCUCCAUCUUGGGACAGUGGUGCCAACUCAAGGGCGCAAUAUGAUAUGAAGACUCAACCUGAGUCAGCCAUCCACAUGCCCUUUGCGAAGCGCCCGCCCUUCCAGGCCGCAACGCCCACCACGUCGUCCAUGUUGGAAGUUUUCUUGCCUCCUGCCGCCACCUCAUCCGCUUCCUCCUUGCCGCCCCAAACAACAGUCUCCUCCCUUCCCAAAAUGGCGCCGGUCACGUCGUUGGGUCAACAGGUUUCCCCUAGUUCCUCGGACGCGCAGGGGUCCAGUCCACUGCCUCUGCAGCAACACAAGCUCCGACAGCAGAAGAAGAGGACCUCCAUUCCAACAAAGAUUCCGUCAAUGGCAGUGGAAAUGCCUGGGUCGACAGACAUCUCCGGCCUCAACCUUCAAUUCGGAGCGCUGCAGUUCGGCUCGGAACCGACGCUGCCCGAAUACGAGUUGGCCUCCUCCAACACGACGCCUGCCAAUCCAAUGCAGAAUAGCCUCUACUCCACCCCCAAUAGGUUAGUGCACAAAGGAAUGCAAAGUUGUGAAGUGCUGUCAAUCUACAGUGAGUCAACUCCAGCUCUUUCCAACUCCAGCCAGAUGGAGCUGUACGAGCAGAGAGCGCCUCAGACGCGACGUUACCCUCCCUCCGUCUCCUCGUCCCCGCAGAAAGACUUGCAGCCAAAGAAUGGCUUCAGUUCACUACAAGCAGCGCAAUCUGUGGAAGGCAAGUCAGGUUCUGCAGUCGCAGUCAAACCAAUGUCAGACUCUGUAGCGCCACCACCGGCGGUCGCCAGCAUGGCCGCUCUUUCAGACGCCAGCUCGGGUCCGGCUUCCCUGCUGACGACGUCCAAUCAGACGUCACUCGGCGCCUUGGGGCAAGGCGAAGAACUGCCGCCGAGCACUGUUCCGCCUCCUCAGCACAACAGUGCGCUCUCGUCACAGCAGAACAGCCUUGCUCCAUCUUCGGGUCGAACAUCCAACUCUAGCCUACUGCACCCGAACGUAGACGGCGACUCCAGCCUCCACUCCUCCUCCUUCCCCUCUGCCUCAGCCGUGUCGUCAUCGUCGUCUGUCCCCUCCACUUCCUCGGCCACCACGCCGCAGGUGUCUCUGGGGACCCCGGUUUCGGCCCAGUCUGGCCUCGCGGCCUCCAACGCACCUUCCUCAGUGACUUCCUUGUCGUCGCGCAGCUCUGCAGCAUCCUCAGGGAAAGCCCCUCCAAAUUUGCCCCCUGGAGUGCCCCCUCUACUGCCCAAUCCCUACAUCAUGGCCCCGGGACUGCUGCAUCCCUACCCAACUCAGGUGUAUGGCUAUGACGACCUGCAGAUGCUGCAGACAAGAAUACCGUUGGAUUAUUACGGGAUUCCAUUUGCAACCCCUACAACAGCACUGACUAGCAGAGAGGCCGGUUUGACUAACAACCCGUAUUCUGGUGAUUUAUCAAAGUUCGGUCGAGGCGACGCGUCCUCACCGGCCCCCGCCACUACGUUGGCGCAGAAUCAGCAGCAAAACCAGACGCAGACACACCAUUCGACCCAGCAGCCCUUCCUCAACCCGGCGCUGCCACCCGGCUACAGCUAUACCAGCCUGCCCUACUACACGGGCAUGCCGGGCCUGCCCAACACCUUCCAAUAUGGCCCUGCUGUGUUUCCAGUGGCUCCUACCUCGUCAAAGCAGCACGGCGUGAAUGUUGGCGCGACAGCCACACCCUUCCAACAGGCUAGCGGCUAUGGUUCCCAUGGAUACAGCACUGGCUAUGAGGAUGUGGGCCAGGCUUCAGGGAGUGGGGAUUUCUGUAAGGGCGGAUACGGCAACGCCGUGGCCGCCGCCGCCGCCGCCGCUGCUGCUGCUGCUGCCGCAGUCGCUGCGCAAAACAAACCGGCCAACUCUGUCAGCGGGCCCGGAGUAGGAGUAUCUGUGACCUCGAGUAACACGGGGGUACCUGAUAUUUCGGGUUCUGUUUACACAAAAACGCAGCAACAACAGUCAUUUGAGAAGCAGGGUUUCCACACCGGCACGCCCACAGCGUCGUUCAGCCUCCCCUCGGCUCUGGGUAGCGGCGGCCCAAUCAACGCGCCGGCGGCCGCGGGCUAUGCCCCGGCGCCUUUCAUGCACAUCCUGGCGCCGCACCAGCAGCCCCACUCCCAGAUCCUACACCACCACCUCCAGCAGGAUGCACAAAGCGGCAGUGGCCAGCGCAAUCAGACUGCAUCCAUUCAGCAAAAGUCUCAGAUUAACAAGUCUGCGUAUAAUAGCUACAACUGGGGGGCCAACUAG